AUGCCAAAGGGUGUAGACGAAAACACUCGGAAGGAGAUUAUUCGUCUUUUCUUUGAUGGAAAUAGUUUGCGAAUGAUCGCCAAGGAAGUUGGACUAGCGGGGGCAACGGUCCAGGGGAUUGUGAAGCAUUUCCGUCGCACCGGUUGGAUACGUUCCGACAAGAGUAGCGGCCGUCGUCGACUGAAAUCUACACAGGAAAUCGUUGAGUUUAUGGAAUGUUGUCUCUUACAGAAACCAUCCCUAACGGCAAAGGAAAUACGCAUGUCUCUCUUGAGGGAAAAUAUUUGCGUACAGGAAAAUUUGCCUUCGGUGCGUAUGGUACAUCAUAUAAUGAAAAGUGAUUUGAAUUAUUCGUUCAAAAAAAUAAGUCAAACUCCUACUGAGCAAGUUACUGAAAGAAAUAUGGAACGAAUAUUACAAUAUAUAGACACUGUUUCUCAGCUUGAUCCACAAACUUUGCACUUUUUCGACGAGACUGGUGUGAAGAGAACGACUCCAAAUCGCAAUCAUGAUUACGGUCACAGUUUACGCGGUCAAAAGGCUGUCGAGUUUCAACGCUAUGCUUAUGACGUCAAUUUUACAGUGAGUCUCUUACACAACGCCCGAGGUGUAAGUAACUUCAACAUUUUAGACAGUCCUUCCAAUGGACUCGAAAUGCUUAAUUUUUUUGAAGAGACCAUGGAGUUAUUCGACGAGAAUGGGCAACAUGUAUUGUCACCAGGCGAUACAGUAAUAAUGGAUAAUUGUGGUUUUCACCAUGGCCGGAUAACUGAGCCAGCGCUUCGUGAAAUGUUGGCAACAAAAAAUGUUACGCUACUUUUUCAACCACCAUACUCACCUGAAUUUAAUUCAUGUGAAAUGUGUUUUUCUCAAGUGAAGAGAAAAUUACGAGAAAAUUAUAUGUUUGCCGUGUUGUUUACCGAGACUGCUAUUAUUGACGGACUUGCAUCAAUAACGCCCUUGAUGUCGCGCAAUUUCUUUCGUUUUUGUGGAAUUGCCAUAGUCUAG